UUGUCUGGUCCCCUGGGUGCCCUGAGCCUGUCCUUGUAGGGAGUGACAGCCAGAGUCUGAGCUGUCCUGGGGGACUGGGCAGGAGCUUAAGACGGGCGACCUGGACAGGGAGGGCACACACCGUCCCGUCAGGCAGACCCGAUAUGGCCAGCAGGAAGACCAAGAAGAAGGAAGGUGGUGCCCUCCGGGCCCAGAGGGCAUCAUCCAACGUCUUUUCCAACUUCGAGCAGACACAGAUCCAGGAGUUCAAGGAGGCCUUCACGCUGAUGGACCAGAACCGAGACGGUUUCAUCGACAAGGAGGAUUUGAAGGACACAUACGCCUCCCUGGGCAAGACCAACGUCAAGGACGACGAGCUGGACGCCAUGCUCAAGGAGGCCUCGGGGCCCAUCAACUUCACCAUGUUCCUGAACAUGUUUGGGGAGAAGCUGAGUGGUACGGACACCGAAGAGACCAUCCUCAACGCUUUCAAGAUGCUGGACCCCGAGGGCAAAGGCACCGUCAACAAGGACUACAUCAAGCGGCUGCUGAUGUCCCAGGCCGACAAGAUGACUGCUGAAGAGGUUGACCAGAUGCUCCAGUUUGCAAACAUCGAUGCAGCAGGCAACCUGGACUACAAGGGGUUGAGCUAUGUGCUCACUCACGGGGAGGAGAAGGAGGAGUAACCGCUCGGCCGCCUGCUGGGGCUGCAGCCCCAUCAAUAAACCUGAGUCCACA